CCCUUCUUGAAACAAACGAGAAAAGUGACGUCAAAAGCGGUAAUAAGAAUUGGAGGGAUGCAGAGCCAUAGCUGCCCGCCCCCUUUCGUAUUUCGGCCCUGACGGAGCCCGCUCCCUGAGGACGCUUCGGGCAUUUAUAGAACAUCGUACAUGUGAUAAUAGCAAAGAGGCUGGACAAUGAAAUGUAGAACAUUUGUAUUAACUGCUAGUGGGAUGGACUCGCCUCACUGAAAUCUGCAUGUGGUUCUGUGGUUUUCCCAAACAUGGCUAAGAAAGGACGCUCCAAAGGCGAGAAGCCUGAAGCACUUAUCUCAGCUUUACAAGCUGCAAAUGAAGACCUCCGAUCCAAAUUGACAGAUAUUCAAAUAGAACUACAUCAAGAGAAAUGCAAGGUUAAUAAACUUGAGCGUGAGAAAGUUCAAGAGGCAAAAAAAAUCCGUGAACAAGAACAGAACAAGUACACUGUGAUGCUGAGUGAGCUCAAAGCCAAGCUGCAUGAAGAUAAAAUGAAGGAACUCCAGGCUGUCCGUGAGAGUCUCAUCAAACAACAUGAACAAGAAAUGGCAAGGACUGCCAAAAUCAAAGAUGCUGAGAACCAGCGGCUUAAGUCAGUGGUAAAUGCCUUAAGGGAUGGGAGUAGUGAUAAAGUUAAGACAGCAUUGACUAUUGAGGCCCGUGAGGAGGCAAGAAAAUUUUUUGAAUCAGAACGUCUGAAACUACUACAGGAAGUUGCAGAGCUGAAAUCAUCUAAGAAACAAGUGGAUGAGGCUCUCAGUAAUAUGAUACAAGCAGAUAAAAUGAAAGCUGGAGAACUGAGGAGUGAACAUCAACUGCAUCAGGAGCAAAUAUCCAAAAUCAAAUGGGAAUGUGAGAGGGAAAUAAGGCGGCUGGUAGAUGAGAUUAAAUCAAAAGACCGUAUAGUUUUUGCUCUGGAAAAGGAGCUGGAAGCUCAAACUGGCAAUGUGCAAAAGCUUCAACUACAGAAGGAUGCACUUGAUGAACAGCUAUUCUUAGUAAAAGAGGCGGAAUGUAAUGUUGGCAGUCCUAAACGAGAAAUCCCUGGAAGAGCUGGAGAUGGAGCAGAACACUGUGGAAGUCCAGACCUAAGAAGAAAUCAGAGGCGUGUUGCUGAGCUAAAUUCAACCAUCCGGAAGCUAGAAGAUAGAAAUACAUUGCUAGGGGAUGAGCGGAAUGAACUGCUGAAGCGAGUCAGAGAAUCUGAAAAACAGUGUAAGCCUCUCAUUGAGAAAAACAAGUGCCUGUCUAAGAGAAAUGAAGAGCUUACUCAGGCAUUGCAGCGCUUGGAAGACAAGCUUAAAAUCUUAACCAAGGAGAACCUUGAAAUGAAAGAGAAGAUCAGUUCCCACCCUCCCUUGAAGAAGCUUAAGUCUUUGAAUGAUCUGGAUCAAGCGCAUGAUGAGCAGGAAAUAGAAUUUUUAAAGCUUCAGGUUCUGGAGCAACAAAACAUGAUAGAUGACUUAACAAGGGACAGAGAAAAAUUACUUCGCAGAAAAAGACAUAAACGAAGUUCCAAACCCAUCAAGAGACAUAUUGUAGUAGAUACUUUCUUUGGAUAUGAUGAAGAAUCCAUGGAUUCUGAGACAUCAUCACUGGCUUCGUUCAGGACAGAUCGAACACCAGCAACUCCAGAUGAGGACUUGGAUGAAAGCCUGGCUGCGGAGGAGUCUGAACUGCGCUUUCGUCAGUUGACAAGAGAAUAUCAAGCACUUCAGAGAGCUUACGCCCUACUUCAGGAGCAAACUGGUGGAAUCCUAGAUGCAGAAAGAGAAGCUAAGGCUCAUGAACAACUUCAAGCUGAAGUUCAGAGGUACAAAGCUAAAAUAGAAGAUCUAGAAAAAGAACUGACACAGAAAGGACAGGAUUCAAAAUGGGUUGAAGAAAAACAACUUUUUCUUAAAAGGAAUCAAGAGCUCCUAGAAAAGAUAGAAAAGCUUGAGGCGGAUGUCAGUCGUCUACAACAAGAACUCCAGGACUCCCGAGACCAGAAUGAGUUGCUGGAAUUUCGGAUCUUAGAAUUAGAGGAACGUGAGCGGAGGUCUCCUCCGUUUGGUCUCAAUAUCCAUCCCUUCUCAGAUGGCAUCAGUGCUCUUCAGAUUUACUGCAUAAAGGAAGGAGUUAAAGAUGUGUGCAUUCCUGAUCUUAUAAAGCUCUUGGAUAUUCUAGGAGAUAACGGGAAUUUAAGGAAUGAAGAACAAGUUGCCAUUAUACAAGCAAGCACUGUGCUUUCUCUAGCUGAAAAGUGGAUUCAACAAAUUGAAGGUACAGAGGCUGCAUUACAUCAAAAAAUGAUUGACUUGGAGAUGGAAAUGGAAAUGUUCUGCAAGCAAAAAGGCUAUUUGGAAGAAGAGCUUGACUAUAGAAAACAAGCCUUGGACCAAGCCUAUAUGCAAAUUCAAGAGUUGGAGGCUACAUUGUACAAUGCCUUACAGCAGGACAGUGUGAUAAAAUGUGGAGAGUCACUGAAUGAAAAGCAAAAAGAUGAAUUACGUACAUCAGUGGAAAAGUUGAGACGGCAGAUGCUGAGGAAGAGCAGGGAGUAUGACUGCCAGAUACUGCAAGAAAGAAUGGAACUGCUGCAGCAGGCUCACCAGAGAAUUCGAGAUCUGGAGGAUAAAACUGACAUUCAGAAGAGACAAAUCAAGGACCUGGAGGAAAAGUUUCUAUUUCUUUUCUUAUUCUUUUCUCUUGCCUUUAUCCUUUGGCCUUGAUGUUAGUGGAGAAACCUACUUGAGAUGUUAUGGCAGGUAUGGAAAAUGUGUGGAAAACUCACAGUUUCUGAUGAAUAGAGAAUGGACAUUUGUUUACAGCAAUUCUGAUUGCAAAUCUCUUGCAUAUUUUCUAUAAGCCAUUUACAAGAUUGGUUUCUUGACUGUUUCUAUAAAAUCCAAUCUGAAUUUACAGUAUAUGCUGCAAUAAACUUAACUUGCUAAAUAAGUCCUGUGAACAUUCUCUUAUGGCAAAAUUAGGUAAAAGCACUCUCAUUUUUGAAGAAUAAAGUAAUAGACUGAUAAUAAACCAAAGUCAGGAAGAGGAUCUUAUCCCUGCUGUGCAGGUUUCCACUCUGUGCAUCCCAUUACAGCAUUCCUAGAGGAACAGCAGAAAAAUGAAGACAUGAUUAUUUCUUCCAGAGACUGCAAGGUCAAUAAACCCGCAGAUCACCUGGGCUGUAAAAAGUCUUUAUAUGCAGGGAUUACAUGUCUCAGGAACUGUGACCAAGGUGAUUUCCAACACACUUCAGUAGAAACAGAAAUCUUGACAAAGCAACAGUGUGAGAGAUGCCACUGACCUAUGGAGGUCACUAUGAGGCAUGAACCGCACGGUAGGAUCUCCAGUUGUGACGACUUUGUCUAUUAACACGCAGAAAGGAACACAGAAAUCAAAGCAUGAUAAGAAUGAUGCAUUUUUGAAGAUUUCCAUUCAUCCCAUAACUGUACAACUUUUAUCUAAACCUUUGCCCAAAUAGAUGUGUAUAUGUACAAGAUUGUGAUGUGCUGUUUAUAGCACUCAGUUUUAUUUUCCCUAAUUUUACUGUUAAUAGUUAUACAGUUAUACCUAACCUCAGAUUUUUUUUCCUCUUAAUCCUUUUGCAGCUUGAACAAUGAUAUGAAAUUUUUAUUACUUGUAAAUUAAUAUGUGUAUAUAUCCAUUGUGGUGACAGCUGCAAAUAAUUGCUACCAUUUUUUUGCAAGAUGAAUUCAGGAGCAUUGCAAUUUGGUUUAGAAGAAUGAAUUGGUAUUUACCAGAGGGUGGUUUAUCAAUUUGAACUCUUAAAAAAACUAAUAAACAAUA